AUGUCCGCAACCUCACCACCCACCUCCCCUCUCCCCAAACGCCAAAAGCCCAAUCCAGCAUCCCCAACAUCCGCAAACACAAUCUCCAUCCCAACCACAACCAUCACCCCACCUACACCGCUAAAACCCGUCAAAAUGUCGCAUCCUACACCCGCAGUUACGAAGGUCGACGAGGCGCCCGCGUUGCUGAUCAAGAAAUUGAGCGACAAGGCGAAGCUGCCGACGAGAGGGAGCGCGUUCGCGGCUGGUUAUGAUAUUUAUGCUGCGAAAGAUACGGCUGUGCCGGCGAGGGGAAAGGUGUUGGUCGAUACCGAUAUUAGUAUGGCUGUUCCUGCCGGGACUUAUGGUCGCAUAGCCCCCCGCUCUGGUCUAGCCAGCAAACAUAUGAUCGACACUGGUGCUGGAGUAAUCGAUGCGGAUUACCGUGGGCAAGUCAAGGUUCUGUUGUUCAACCACGGCGAAAAGGAUUUUGAAGUCAAGGAAGGUGAUCGUGUUGCACAGUUAGUUCUGGAAAGAAUUUACACGCCCGAAGUGGUUGAGGUGCAGGAGCUGGAGGAGAGCGUAAGAGGCGCGGGAGGGUUCGGGAGCACUGGUUGA